AUGGCGACGAUCGAUCGGGCUCUAGACGCAGACGAGAUGCUGAUUCUCGUCUGCUACGACGACGACGCUGCUGGGCUGCUCUACCACCACCGUGUCUUGUUCACCAGGGUGGCUGCUGGUCGGUGGAUCAGAGGGUCCCCAGACGGAGGUGACUGUGAGGGGGACUUCAAUGGGGUUGAUGUGCGGCCGCUAGCUCCGAGCGAGUCCCUCCAGGUCGACCCGGAUGCGACGAUGUAUGUGUUUCGAGGGCCGCUACGAACCCCUGCUCGGAUCGCCACCAUGCACGAGCAGGCGCGCGAGGUCACUGAGGUGCUGGGAGCUGUUCCUGCACCAGAGGCGGGGGGCCUGGCUGGCCCCGGCUGGCGUGUGGCGGACUCCCCGUCGGUUGAGUUCGAUCAGGUCGUCACUGCCCCGAGGCUCGCCGACUCCACCGAUGAUCGCGAAGAUGGUGUCAGAGUUCAGGGGUUGGCUCUCAUCGACGGCAACGCCCAGCUGGUCGAGGUUGUGAAGGACUCAGACCACGAUGCGAAGCUUGCUCGGAAGAGGGGCCGGCUGCCUGGCGGAGCUUCGGGCGACCUGCGGCUGCUUGGCCAUUUCUUUAACUCCGCGCAGAGGCAGGUGCUGUCGCUGUCGGAAGCGAUGGAGCUGGUGACGCCCGAGGCUAUCCAGGAGUUUCUCGAGUCGGACCCUGGGAUCGGCGGUGACCUUCAGGUGUGGCUCGACGCUCUCAUGCAUAAGUCCGGGGUCAGCGAGAACUCGUUCGUGGCGCGUGAGCUUCGGGACCUUGCCCAGGUCGUGAGGCUCGAGAUCGGCUACGACCAGAUCGGGUCGACCAACCUCGCCUGCAUCGAGGAGGCGGUGCUCGGGUUCCACGCGAUCCAGCGGGUUCAACGUGAUCCCAGCUCCGCCGGCCUGAGCAUCGGCACUUUCGGGUCUUACGACGAGAUCGGCAGGGCCCGCUUGCGCGGCUGCGACACCUGGCCCGGCCGCGAGCAGAAGGAGGAGGCCAAGACGAUGGAGGCCCAGUGGAAGUGGCGUGAGGUGCUGGCCGCCGAGCGCCGCUGUUCUGACGAUCGAGAUGGGCCUCCCGACUUGGAGUCCGAGGCGAAGGCAAAGGCAAAUGACCUGUACUGCGUUGGGGGGGAGAAUCUCGCCCCGUAUCAGCCCGAUCUUCUGAAGGUCGUGAAGGGCAAGACGGCGCCAAAGCCCGCCGUCGAUUUGCUGCCGCCCGAGGAGGCGGCCUUCUUGAUUGAUCCAGAUAGGUACCUCGUUCGCUCGCAACCCGAGAUCGAUGCCUGGAAUGAGGAACACCCGGCUUUCAGGCCUUACUGGGACCCCCACUUGCGUAAUCGGUCGGCGCGGCUCGACCCCUACCGUAAGCUCUAUGACAAGGGGCUCCUGGGGUUCAGAACUCGUAUCAAGGCGAAGGUGGGGAUAUUCUUUGUGUGGAAGUCUUCUCGCCGUGGGAUCAGGCUCAUCGUGGACGCCCGGAUGCCGAGCGGCCACCACCGCUUGCCGCCGAAGACUAGACUAGGGGGGGCUGGCGCCCUCUCGCAGCUCGACGGCUGGCUCGACCAGGAUGAGCUCGCCAGCUUGGCGCAGGGGUGUGGCCCGAUUGCCGAGGUCCCGAACCUCUCCGUCUGCGUCGGUGACGUGGAGGACACCUUCUAUCAGUUCUCGGUUGAGUCGAUGGCCGAGUGGUUCGGCCUAGACGACCCCGUCCGAUGCUCCGAGUUCGGCCUCUCGCAGAUCUUCGACAACGACCUCGAGAGGCUUCGCCCUGCCCGACCCACGGAGGAAGUGUUUCCUGUCUUUCUUGGGAUGCCGCAAGGCUGGUCCUGGGCCCUGCACUUCUGCACCACCCCAGUGAAGCACAUCACCUCCAUGGCUAUCGGGGGAGAGCGCCGGCUGGUGCAAGAGGGGCUCCCCGCUCCUGAUCUUCGAUCUGGUCCCGUCUCGAGUGUCUAUGUGGAUAACCGUGCCACUGUCGGUCUCUCGGGCUCCGAGGUUUCGUCAGAUUACGCCGCGAUCAAGAGGGGGCUUGAGAGCGUGGGGUUCACGUUGCACGAGGAGGGCGGGGACGCCCUGCUGGUCGAGAAUGUGGGCAUCGUGAUAGACAAGGGUAGGUGCAGCAUUCGUCACAAGCCUGAGAGGGCAUGGCGGUUGUAUCUUGGGAUUAAGUAUCUUCUGAAGUUGCGUCGGGUGACUGGAGAGGCGGUUCGUGUUUUGCUGGGUCAUUGCAUCCGCUACCUUGUCCUCCUGAGGCCGGCGAUGUCUGUCUUUGCCCACGCCUAUCGGUUUGUGAACGACAGCCUAGGGCGCACGUGUGAAUUACCUGGCCAGGUGAAGCGUGAGUUCCGCAUGAUGGCGGGGCUCGUUUUCUUGGCCGAGUCACGGCUGUCCGUUCCGCCUUCGGAUCGAUCCUACUGUGGAGACGCGUUAGGGAAGGGAUACGCCGUCAUGGACACCCCCAUGGGCCCCGCGGAGUUCCGAAACCUUACUAGAUGGAAGGAGCGUUGGCGGUUCGUGGAGGUAGAGGGGGAUCGCGGGGACACCGUGAGGACCUCUGGGAACCUGCCGCCCCCGAAUCCUGGCUGGUCUGCUGAUCUUGAGGUGGGCCUCAGGGUGUCCGUGCCGUUCGAUAUCGCCGAGGGUCCGGAGUUCAAUCUCGAGAAGCGGGGGGUCCAGGACGUCGUGAUCAGGGUGAUCAAGCUCUGCAUGGAUCUGAAGGUAUACUUCUCCCUCGAGAACCCCAAGACCUCGUCCCUGUUUAGGCAGCCUGAAAUCCUGAAGGCCUUGGAAUACGCGGACGCGUUCUUUGUCGAGUAUGACUGCCCGGCUGUCGGAUGCCUGGCAAGAGGAGCUGCGUCAAGACGCUGGGACCGGUCUCCAACGGCCGCGGCUCGAGCUCGGGCACCUCCCGCGUCGCUGGACCUCGCCCUGGGCCGGGGCGACAGGCGCCUGGGGCACGGGCCCAACUUGCCGCUGCGCGUGCUCGGCGUCUCGGAGCGGAAGGCCUACACGGACGCUAACAACAAGUUCGUCGCCUUCGCCCGCCGCAGCGGCCUGCCGUUGGACACCGCUGAUCACGUCGACGAGGCGCUGGAGAGGUUCAUGGAGCUGCUGUUCCUGAGCGGGGAGCCGCAGUCAGUAGCCCGCUCCGCCCUGUAUGGCUUUGCGUGGUGCCAUCCUGAGAUGCCUCACAAAGAUCGGACGCUCUACAUCAGGAGCCGUGCUGCGCUCGCUGGAUGGCGAAACCGUGAGCCGGGCUGGAUCGCUGACGACAUGCUCCAGCAUGGUCUGGCGCUUGCCGCCUUUUUAGUCGUCCUGUGCUUUGACUGUUAUCUGCGGCCUGGCGUGGGAUGCACCCUGCGCCGUUCUAGCGUCAUGCCACCGGCUGCUGCAGUUCACGAGGUUUAUGAUCGCUGGUGCCUCUUACUGUCCCCAGCCGAAUCAGGCCAACCCGCGAAGACCGGCGCCUACGAUGACAGCAUCGUGGUCGGCGAGGUCGCUGGACGGGAAUGA